ACAAUCCUCACAGCCUCACAUAAAGUGUGUUGAUCUUCAAGUCAUAUACACAGAGAGGACUCAUAUAAGCUGCUAUAAUUUCGCAUACAUAUAUAAUGGCCUCCUCCAUUGCACGAUCUUUUGUUAUUCUCUCUAUCUUAUGCGUCAUAACGAGUUCCGUGAACGGGCAGCAGCUUUCGCCUAAUUUCUACGCUCGGUCCUGCCCUAACCUCCUGACCAUAGUGCGGAACGCAAUGAGGCAGGCAGUGAGCAACGAAGCGAGGAUGGGUGCUUCCAUCCUCCGCUUGUUCUUCCACGACUGCUUCGUUAAUGGCUGCGACGCAUCGGUUUUGUUGGAUGACACGGCCACCUUCACUGGUGAGAAGACCGCCCGCCCAAACCAGAACUCACUGAGGGGCUUUGAGGUGAUCGACACAAUCAAAACCCGGGUCGAAAACGCUUGCAAUGCGACCGUAUCUUGUGCCGAUAUCCUCGCACUUGCUGCUCGAGAUGGAGUCGUCUUGUUGGGAGGACCAUCUUGGACCGUGCCACUCGGCCGGAGAGAUGCCCGAACCGCAAGCCUCAGCGCGGCCAACAGUGACAUACCCUCCCCGUUUGCCAACCUUGCGACCCUGAUCUCGUCCUUUUCUGCCAAGGGCUUGAGCGCCACGGACAUGACUGCCCUGUCAGGUGGCCACGUAAUCGGGUUCGCCCGUUGUGCCACCUUUCGGACCCGAAUCUACAACGACACAAACAUUGACGCACAGUUUGCCAACUCCCGACGAACCGGCUGCCCAGCCUCGGGAGGGGAUAACAACCUUGCCGCCCUCGACCCCACACCGAACCGGUUCGACAAUGCGUACUACCAGAACCUUGUGGGACGGCGGGGGCUUCUCCGCUCAGACCAGGAGCUGUUCAAUAAUGCGUCCCAAGACAGUCUAGUCAGGACCUACAGCAACAACUACCGUGCUUUUGCGAGUGAUUUCGCAGCGGCUAUGGUCAGGAUGGGGAACAUUAGUCCACUCACGGGGACAAACGGAGAAAUUAGACGGAAAUGCGGGGUGGUUAAUUAAUUAUUACUAAGUGAUCAAAGUCUUCCCAAAAUGGCGAAAAGACAAUAUAGUUUUAUGUUAAAUGUGUCCGAUUGAUGAGAAGUUGUAUGGUCGUAUGUCUAUUACACAAUAAAGCCUCCCCCCAAGUCAAGAUGGAGAGGGUUUGGUCUAAGCUAAAUAAUUACGAAUUAUAAAAGUUAAGGUUUUCGGUUAAUUAUUGUGGAUUUUUUUUGAAUAAUAAAUGGAAGUGCUUAUAAUGUGAAGCCGUUGGCGGAUUAAAUGAGUCGUUUGAGAAGGUUUUU